AAAGUAAUAAUCCACACUUUAUAAGAAACUACCUAUCAAGGAUUUCAUCAUUCUUUGAUGAGCAAUCAAUGGAACCACUACAUGCAAAAUGUUUUUCUUUUCUUGUCAAGGCGGAUUCCUCAAAGUGGCAAGCUAUGCAGCCAUCUGUUUAUCAGCGUAUCUUUGUGUGGGAAUGAACAGAAGCUACACAGCAUUUUUGCUGCAUUAUUUAUCAGAACCAGAUUCAAUAAUAAAAGUUCCAGAUGAACAGAAAUCUUGGCUCGCCAGUUCGAUAGGUUUUCUCGCUCCUUUUGGAAGCAUAUUUUCUGGCACUGUGAUGGAUUUUUUUGGGCGAAAAUUAUAUCUCUCAAUGAUAUUCAUUCCCUUCGCUCUUUCCUGGUUGACAAUCUCACUGGCUAAAAGUUACACUGUGCUUUUUUUGGGCAUGAUGUUACAAGGUCUUGGAGGAGGAAUGUCAAUGGGUGUCUCUGUUUACAUCUCGGAAAUAUCCACCAGAGAACACCGAGGAGCUCUCUUAAGUAUCAUAGCAAUAGCUUACAACGGCGGCGUGCUAACAUGCAAUUUACUCAACUAUAAUUUCAUGUGGAACAUAUCGUCGAUAGUAUGCAUGUGUCUAUGCUUGAUAUUCAUGGUGCUAGUAAGUUUCUUACCAGAAUCUCCGAUUUGGUUGUACAACAAAGGACGUACCGAAGAAGCCAUCAAAAUACUAUGCUCUCUCAGAGGCUCGGACAGAGAUAAACUCGAGGCUGAAAUAAAAGAUAUGGAGAAACAUGCCCACGAACCAGUUAAAACCACUUUCAGUCAAACGUUUAAAAACAUUCGCAAAGCUUGGAAGCAGUUACUAGUUGUAACAGCUUUAUUCGCUCUUAUGCAACAUACCGGCUACUCAAUUAUGAUCGCGUAUACAUUAUUGGUCUUUGACCGGCUAAAUUUACCAUUAGAUAGCUCAAAGGUCACGGUGCUUUAUUCGACUUUUGGAUUCAUCAGCGCCUUUACAACACCUUUUUUUAUGCACAGAUUUGGUAGAAAAACUGUCCUAUCUGUGUCUUCUCUAGGCAUGGCGAUAGCUAUGGUCGUUGUGGGUAUAUACGAAGAAAUAUUUUAUUACGAGUCGACCAAGAUGUACGUAUUGAUCGUACCCAUUGCUUUCUACUUUUAUGUGUUCGCCUGCAAUGUGGGUGUUUAUCCCAUUGGAUUCAUUAUUGGAGGCGAAGUAUUCCCCACCGAAGUACGAGGUACGAUGAACGGUAUGUACGGAUUAUUCACCAAUUUCUAUUGGGCGACUACCUUAAAGGUGUAUCCAAAAAUAUUACAUAAUUUUGGAAUAAAAGGAUUGAUAUGGUCAUUUGCGACAUCAGGAGUGAUAUUAUGUUUGUAUGGAAAGUUCCUACUGCCAGAAACCAAAGGUAAAACUCUAAAUGAAAUUCAAGAACAAUAUUUCCAAAAGAAAAAACCCACCGGGCAAGACGUGCCUCAAUCUCAAGCUUAG